GGGGGUUAGAUAUGGUUUACAUAAACCGUUUCUAUGGCUGAUAACUAGUGUUGAGCCGGGGGCAGUGACUUGGGUGUGCGGGCCCUUUAAACGUGAAGGAAGGAAGUGUCUGUAGUGGUGAAUGAGCAGUCAGUGCUGUGAUGGCGGACUACACGGAGGUGAAGGUGCGCGGCUACGAGGACUACUGCAAAGAGGCGGAGAAGCACAAGGGGAGGCCGCUGUUCGCUCUGUUCUGUGGGGACAAGGACGAGCAGGGGCUGAGCUGGUGCCCGGACUGUGUGACAGCUGAGCCGGUCGUGCGCAAGGAACUGACACAUCUUCCUGAAGGGUCUGUAUUUAUAUACUGCCAAGUUGGAGAGAGACCUUACUGGAAAGACCCAAACAAUGAAUUCAAAAGAAUUUUAAAGCUGAAGGGGGUCCCCACUCUUCUGAAGCCACAGAAACUCACAGAAGAGGAGUGCCUUAAGUCUGAUCUGGUCCAGAUGCUCUUCUCCGAAGAUUAACCAUCCUUGGACGGUGCCUUUUACAUUCACUCUCCACUUACACUUGAAGAUCAGAGGCAGAAGGAGGUUGACGAGUGUUCAUCCAAAUCUACCAUUGUUCAGAAUGAAGACGGACAAUGGCGUUUUCACAUUCCUAAACUGGUCAUAUUUCAGGCCUGUAGGUCUAAAAUGAUCUCCUCAAAUUCAAUUAAACUGGCUUCUAGUGAUG